CAAAAAAACAUCUAUGAAGUGUGACAACCUUAUUCUACAUAUCAGCUGUCAAUCGCCCGACAUGGACUUCUCUGCCUCAAGCAAUACAGUCGAGCUCCAGAUCCCAUCUCUCCUCACGAGCAUCUAUAACGCUACGAUCUAUAUCGUCUCGCUCCUGUUCCUUCUAGGCUACGAAUAUCCAAAAACAUCAUUUGGCAUUGGAAUGCUACUUGUAUUUAUCCUCCUCUACACAAUGCUCAACUCCAUCAUUCACGCCUUCUUCACCACUGCCGUCCAUCGCCUUCCGCUGGCUAUCGCACUUGUCUUGGUUGUUGUCGCGUGGUAUCUACAUCGGUUGAUCCAAGAAUACGACAUGAGUGUACUGACGGAUGCUGUUACUGCUGCGGAACUGGCCGCUGUGGAACAAGCCAAGUUCCUGGAAUACGAUGACGAGGGUAGCUGUGAGGGUGGUGGCAGCAGCAAUGGGAAGGAACUUGGAUAUUUUGGAAAGAUAAGAGAAAGGGCGAGAUCUGGGGGACUGGAUACAGAUGUCUGGCAGGGAGGUCAGAGGGUGAAGAGGACAGGUUGGACGCCGGAGAGUGCGUAGAGGGAUGGUAAACAAGGGCUGUGUGGAGGAGGCACGUGAGGAGGAACCACUAUUGGGGACGACUAAAGGCUCCUAUCGGAACAAACAAUCGUCAGACUUGUGGGUAUACUCAUACGCUGUUGCUAUUUCGCGGGAUUUUAAAUCGUUGCAC